AUGAAUUAUUCACAGGAUUCACAUCCUUUUGGAUGUUUCUUCCCUUUUGGAAAUCUCUUUAAAAUGAUAUCACCUAGAGGCUCUCACAUGUCUCCACAGCUUCUUGCAAUGUUGCAAGCUUUUGAGGGAACACUUAGAGAGAGGUUGAAAAAUCUUAUACCCAAAAGUAAGGAUGAAAUCCUUACCAUGGCUUGGAUGACUUUAGCUAUGAAUUCACUUUCUGAAAGUUAUAAUAACAUAGCAAACCUCAUUACAAACCUUGAGCUUCCUUCUAAUGUUUGGAGAGAGAAAUGGGUAGAUGUGUAG